AUGGUGUUUCCUGAUAUCACAGCUAACAUUGUUGAUAUUGCACCACCAUCUGAAGUGGUGGUGCCCUCUCGAGCCAAGAACCCAUCUCCUCUUCCGAUUGAUUUGUCUCUAACGGCUAGGGCAAAAUCAAAAUCUGUUUCAUCUUCUUCCAAAGUUGCUACUAUUGGGUUACUCAAACUGCCCUUGAAGCCGAGCCAGUCCAAGAAAAAUUAUGUGGCUCCCAAAAGGAAAUUGGGAUUGGACAUGUCUUCUUCCCCCUUGACUGCUGCCAAGAAAAGAUUGAAGGCUCAUCCCCCUUCUCUGUCUUCCUCCGAAUCUAACCCUGAGGAAGGAAAGUCUGAAUCUGAAGCAACCCGUGAUACCACCUUAUUUGAUGAAACGGUUCCUAACAAUGCAGAAUCAGAGGGUGAGUCUGAUGAGCCAGAACAAGAAGACAUUGUCCCCUCUGAACAAGAAGCCGAAUCUGACUCAGAGCCAAUUGCAUCUCCUUUGUCACCCAAGGCUAAAGGGAAGAGACCUAUUUCUGAUCCUACACCUGAACGUAUGUUCAGGAAAUUUAUCAUUGAGAGAAAUUAUGUCUUGAGUGAUCAUCGGCCUUAUGGUGUGCUAACAAUGCUUCAAGAUCGCAAAUGGAUAGGUUCUUUGGUUAAAUUUACUGGUUUUGUGGAUAGAAUAGUCAAGGAAUUCUAUGCCAAUCUUACUAAUGAAAUUAUUGAACCUAAAUCUCCUAUGUAUUAUAAAGUGUUUGUUAGGGGCCAUUGGUUCUCUUUUUCUCCUCAAGACAUUGCCCAUGCUUUGCAUCUUCCUCUUGAUGUCGAGGAAGAUGAUGAUCUUGCCACUCUUGACAAGGAUACGGUUAUCACUGAAUUAGUAGGGCAAAAAAUGGUAUGGCCAUCUAAUACAGUCAUCUCGGUCUCUAAUCUCACCUACACUUAUGUUGUCCUCCAUAAGUUUGCCACAACAAAUUGGAAGCCAACUUCUCACACCGCAACUAUCUCUUUUGACAUGGCUUCGUUUUUGUACAAGGUGGGGACCGGUAUUGGUAUAAAUUUGGCUAUGAUAAAAGAUCUCCAACGUGAUCAAGAAGACUUGGUGGCUCCCACUACUGCUGCUUCCUACAAGGCCUCUGCUCCUCCUACUAAAGCCACUGAUGCUCCAUCAACCAAGAAAGUCAAGCCCCAAUCUCUGAAGUUUUCCUCAGAUGACAUUCCUCAUGCAUCCUCCUCUGGUCCCACAGAUUCGGGACUUGUUGCUACAGAAAUAGCUGCUGUUCGAGCCUCUGUUGAUUCUUUGGCUGCUCGAGUGAUGUCGAUUGAAGGAUUGCAACGUUCUGUGUUGGAUGCUGUUCAAACUCUGACCAAGGAUCCAGUCGUUUAG